AUGAACGAACUUCUCCAAAAACAUGGUUGUUCCAAUGUGUUUGCGCUUCCCGAAGGACUCAAAGAACUCAUGUCUGAUAUCACGAGAGAGGUGCUCCGGACUCAACCUCCGAAUAUAUGCGAUUUUAUAGCAAAAUAUUUAUCGGUAUUGCUGAUUACCAGAGAACAUGGUAUCCUAGCAGUAAAGAUACUAGAAGACUUAUGCGACUGUAGGCCCUCAGUAUCGGAGCAUCUCCUCCAAUUGGGUAUAGAGAAAAGUGACGCAGAAGUACUGGCCCAAGUUAUCAAAGCCGAGGUGGAAGGUUUCGAGCCUAUGGAGGGAAAAGGAACAUUAAAAGAAACUGAAAUCAUUAAAAAAAUUCUGAAAAGGAUGCCUUUAGAUGAGGAAAUGACAGCUAAAGUUUGUCAAGUGGCUAGAAACGCUUACAGAGACUACUGGUACAAGAAAACGCUGAUGGAGAAGGAGCUAAAACCGCAUCCAGAAGAGCCCUGGGAGCUCGCGGCCCAACACACGAUAGAACUGUACAGUAAAACGAAGCCAUCUUUUGAGGAACUAACGAGAGCCACUCAGAAAAUACAGGCAGCAUAUAGAGGAUAUCACGUACGCAGAAAUUUGCUCCAUCAUCUCAAGCCGAAGAAGAAGACUGAAUCAAAAGUAGAUUUACCUGGACCCCCUCUAGACAUUGACGGCUCUAGAGAUAUCGAUUUAGGACCCAUCAUUAAUCUCAAAGUUCGUGACGACAAUGUCAAGGCAAUGUUUGAAACAGAAAAUGAAAAUUUAAUCGUAAAUUGUGAUUCUAUAAAAGCAAUAACUCACGUCGAAGAUGAUGGACUAUUUCCGGGAAUUCCUUCCCAAGCGAUCCGACCGAGAAAGGUCUUUACUCUACAGGAAAAUUUGAUUGAAGACCCAGCGAAAUCGGAUGUAAAAGUCACGGAAACAGAAUCUACAGAUUUACAGCAUGCAGUAGACAAUGCCCAGCGCAGCAUCUCUCUGCCAACCACUGACGCGGUGCAUCAUGAUUUGCCAAUGCGUAAAAUCUCCUUUGCAGAGGUUCCAUCAGAAGUGGAUCCUGCCGAACCAAAAGGCGAACUUGAAGGUUUAAAUAUACCGGAAGAAAUUAUUGAAGAGGAUUCAGCAAAUAGAACUGACACUGAAGAAAAUAUUCAUGAAAUACCCGAAGAAGUUCCAGAUGAUCGCACGGAAGGUGAUGGCGACAGCGCUCCGACUGCUUCCAUUCCAUCAUCGGCACCAGAGACGCCCAACGUCACUGAUGCAGAAGACGUUGAUGAGUUUACAUCUGAAGAAGAGGGAUAA